AGUAGAGCAGAGCAUAUGCGACGGCACACAAAAGAGAAACCAUUCCAUUGCAUAAUAGAAGGAUGUAACGAAAGACAGUUUUCGUACACUACAAAUUUUCGACGAUAUAAAUUCAAAGUACACGGCAUAUUAACGAAGAAAAUCCCAUGCUCAGUGUGUGGCGAUGUUUUUCCAGAAGUAUUUCUGUUGAAACAGCACAUGCGGAAACAUUGAAUAAAAUUUAUUUUUUUAUUGUUAAUCUGAAGAAAAAUUUAUAAUCCAAUUUAUUGUAUUGCAAUUCAAACUUCAUUGUAAUGGAAAAUGAACUGUUGGUACUUUAGAAUGUAAACAAAAAUACUCAAGUCAAUCCGAAUGAGUUUGACGUUUCGAAGGUAAACAAUCGAAGUUGACUUGACAUUUGGAAAUAAAAACGUUCAAAUGAAAAUCCGUCGCUUAUUAUUAAACAAGAAAUCGGCUUUAUUUAUUGGUUCAAUCGGGGCUAUUACAUAGAAAUAUGACCACAACGAGAGCGGUUCAUCAAUGUUUGUUUUGUCCUCAAACAUUCGGCAGUGCCGCUGAUAAAGAUGACCACACUCUGGAGCAUUUUGCCCAAGAGACUUGCGAUGACUGCGAUCAAAAUUUGAUUCGAAUUGGUGCCAAUUUGUAUACUCUACACAAUGCAGUAACGUGCAUUAAAAGAGAAUUUAAAAUGGAGCAACAUUUCGAAUCGUGUUACGUUGAACAUCAACUGGCACCGAAUGAAGAACAGAAGGAAUGCAUUGAUAUUCAUUCCGCUAAUUUGGAAACAAACACUACAAAUGUAAUUCAAGUGAAAACAGAAGUCGAAACUGAAAAUCAAUCAGAAGAAUUACAAGAUCAUUCACACGCUAUAAAUAAAUUAGAAACGCCUCACACAUCUGGGGAGGCCACUGGUGCAAUUACUGGUGGUCAAAGUGACGAUGAACAAAUACCACCCGACGAUCAUGGGUGGUUGCAUAGUGAUUCUAGUAUGGACUCGAUUUGCACAGGAGAACUAGAUACUAAGACGAAAUCAGUUUUGCAAUAUAAUUAUGAUGAUAUACCUAGAGAUGCCUUGAGAGAAAAGCCAAAAGAGCAAUUGAACUUUAAUCAAACCCGAUUCAACUGCACAGUUGAACCUCAACCCAAGGAGGCAAAAUUGGCUAAAAUAUCUCAGGAGCAACCAGAAGAGUGUAAACCACUCUCUCAGAGAUGCUCAGAAUGGGACACAAUGGAAUCGCAUUUUUGUGAGAAGUGUUCAAACAGUUUCCUGACGAUUGAAGAGCUAAACGAACACGCAUCGGAAUGUUUUGUUCCAAAUACUGACGGAUCAUUCGAAUGUAAUAUAUGCCAGAAGAAACUAAGCUCAAUAAGAACUCUCAAGCAGCAUAGAGUAUUGAAACACACACCGGCCGGGACAAAUGUUUGUAGAAGAUGCGCCAAAGUAUUUGUGACCGAAAAAGAAUUGGAGAAACAUCGUCCAGAAUGCAUAUCAAAAUGGAAAAAUCGAUUCGGAAUCAGAAAAAUAGUAAAUGCAAAUGCCACGGUCGAGUGUUAUCUAUGCAAAUCAAAUUACAAGUCAAUAUCCUCCCUUUUGUCACACAUGCGAUGGAAACACACGAUGGAUAAUGUCAAAUAUAAAUGCAACAUCUGUGAAAUGGGAUUUUUUGCGAAAUCUUUGCAAGACAUGCACAUGAAACGUCACAAUGAACCGUUAAACGAUCAAAAAGUUAUGUGCAAUGUAUGCGGAAAGUUCCUAACGAAAGGUUAUUCGAUUAAGAAUCACAUGAAAGUUCAUUCUGGUGACAAACCAUUUCCAUGUACCCACGUUGGAUGCUCAAAAUCGUUUCCAACCAAAACCGCUAGAUUUAUACACUUGAGAUCGCAUAAUCCAGAAGAUAGACUAAAAUGUCCGCAUGACGGGUGUUCGAAAUCUUUUCUCAGUAAACCAUCUCUAACAAUACACCUACGUUCACACAGCGGCGAAAAACCGUUUAAAUGUCCUCAUGAAGGCUGCCGAAAAUCCUUUGUGACCAAAAGUAUUAUAGCAUCACACAUGCUGAUCCAUACGGGAGAGAAGCCAUUCAAAUGCGAGCAUUAUGGAUGUAAUAAGGAAUUCCGAACAAAAGGUGCAAGAGAUCGACAUAUGGGUACAAACGCGCAUAAAUAGUUGCUUUUCAAUUCCAAAAAACCCUCAGUCCCGAUUGGUCUGCCUUCAUCUUUUAACGAAAAGAACCACAAUCUCAAAGUUUAACGGCAACUACAGUACGACAGGUGUGUUUUUAGGCUGUUAAGAUAGCAUAAAGCCCCUAAAUUAGAUUUGAUAUAGGCAGUACUUAAAUGAAAUUGUAUGUUAAUUGAAAUAUUCAUUUACUUCAAUCCAAUAAAAAAAGACGAUGGAGUUUUCUCAAACUUA